CAAACUCUUAUACUCGUGACGUUAUUAUACUGCGUUUUCCGCGAUCGAAACUGACUUCUUUUUUGAGUUCCUUUUAAUAAAAUAUUGUUUAUUUUUUAUCCUCAGGCCCCAACGCACGACUGAAUAUAAAAUUGCCAUAAAGAUCAUUAGAGAUAUUAGAUCAUUAUUCACAGUGACAAAAUGGCUCACGCAAAUACGUAUGACAACAGUAAUGCAUCUAAUCAUUCCGAAUUAUUGGGUCUUUCAAAUUUAACUCUCCAACCGUAUGAAUCCAACUUAAAUUCAAAAGAAAACUUAGAAGAAAGGUAUCAAAUACUUGUGCUACAGGUAAAUUCAACAAACGGGUCUCAAUUAAGAGAAUAUAAUUCAUGUCUAGCGGCCGUGUGCUAUCAGUUAGGACGAAUAUACUAUGACACAGAAGAUGAUCCAGCAAGGGCUGAGUCUAUGUUUCUCAAGGCCAAAGAUACUGUCAAAGAUCACGAAUCAGAAGCUGACAAUAUACUAAGCGUUAUUAAUUCCCUCAAUAUGCUGGGUUACAUUAAGGUAAAAAAUAAUGAAGAUUACGAAAGAGCUUUGCAAUACUUACUGGAGGCGCAAUGUGUGUACCAAGAGUACAGCGAGCUAAAGUGGGGAUCGGCUACGUCCGUUGGUCAGCUGUUGCCGAAUUUUCCGAUAAAACGCACAUUGCUCACGAACAAGAAUCCUCUGAUAAAUGCAAGACUGUUUACGCUAUUCUAUAUCAUCGAAGUGUAUAAGCAUCAUGGCAAUAUCACUGACGCGCUUUUGUGCACACAUCAAACACUCAAGAUUCAACUAGAAAACAAUGUGUUUCUACAAAGUCCACUGGAUUGGGCUCUGUCUUCUGCUCUAAUUGCAAAUUUGCUUUGCCAACAGAAUGCUUACCAACAGGCCAGACAUCAUUUGGCGGCUGCAUCAACAUUCAUGGAAAAGAUUAUACCUAAACAAUACGUCAAUCUAUUCAAUUCAGAAACAUAUAAACAAUAUUUAGCAGACAUUUCGCGUUGUUGGGCCAAAUAUGGAUUGAGAUUACUGAAGAAGUCUAAAACCAGACUGAUAAAACAGAAAACGCAUAGACAACCAUCUGUGAUCUAUAGUGAUUUAUUGUUCAAAAAUUUCAACAUGUGGAAUGAAGAACGGGUGACACGGUAUUAUGUGAAUAAUUAUGAGGACGCACUAUCGUUGGCUAACAGCAUAUUGAUGAACCUUAAUCGUACAAAAAAGUACUAUACAUUUGAAAAGACUGCCAAUUACUAUUCAGAUCUGUGUAUGGACACAUGCCUCACGUACCAACUAUUGUCUUACUUUCAAGAUAACCCAGACAAAAUGGGAAAGCUUAUUAAAAAAGGAAUCGUGGACUUAGAAUUGACCGCCAAUAGACUCAAUGAAGAGAAUUGUAUGAAUAAUUGUAGACGCAUCUGGUACGAAUUGGGGACAGUGUAUAGUGAUAUGAUGGAUAUCAAGUACGAGCGACAUGUUCUGAAUAAACUGGUGCUUACAGAUAAAGCCAUUAAGAAGAUUAAUUAUUACUCAAGCUCUUCCAUUAAAUAUUAUUCAAGAUUUAUCGAAUCGUUUUAUGUGCAAAGAAAGUUACCAGAACGUAUCUGUGAUUCAUAUGUAAAACCAGUGUUGUUAGCUCAUUUGCAUAUAGCUAGAUGUAGUAACAAAAAAAUUAUCAAUCAAAAGAAUGUUAAAUUAGAGAUUUUGUUUCAGUGUAAAAAUUACUACCAGACUGUUGUGGACUACUGCCAAAAAGAUCCUAGAGUGGAAUCCAUGAUUCCUAUUGAAUUGGCUAGUUGUAGAGAAUUAUUGCAGUUGAAUCCGUCAAGGGUAGAUCAACUGCUCAAGAAUAAAGGUCCAGUAAAAUUUUACGUAUAAUAUUUUAAGCCAAAUAAUGAAUCAAAUGACUUUAACAGCUAGAUCUUUAUUUCAUAUUACAUAUUAUAAAUGUUAUAAAUGUCAUUUCCCUACUCUCAAACAGUCAAUAUUAUGUAAUU